AUGAGCUCGCAGCGCUAUCAACGGGUGAAUCCCCGUGAUGAAGAAGAUGACUCCGAGUCUUAUCAGUUGAAUCCUCAACGAUCCGAUCACAAUCCGACUUCUCCGCCUCCAUCAUUCCGUUCCGGUUCUAGAUCAUCUUCGCCGUCAUCGAGGCGUCUACUGCACGGCGAUCCCCAACGAAAUGACGACGACCAAACCCUGGCUGAUGCCUUUGGAAGCGAGAAUGAAUCCGACAGCGAUGAAGAACCCGAUGACCGGCAACGUUUGAUGCGUGCCAACCACGACCCUCAAUCACCCGUGGAUAAUGGCCGGGCUGCUGCGACGGCGGCGUCGUCAUCGGGUCCCGGGAACGACGGUCAGGAUAAUCCUCGAGCCUCGGCGCUUGCCCGCCGACCUACAAUACUCCCAACAUUUACGCCAUCGUCCGGAGGAAGCCGUUCUGUCGCUAUAUCGAAUGAUGGAGUCUUCGCUAACCUUGCCGCCAAGCCGGAACGGGGCGAGAAGAAUGAGGAUUUGCCUCCCUCUUACGAAGAAGCAGCCGCCGAUGCGACACCCCCAUACUGGGAGACCACGAUCGUGGCACCCGGCCUCUCGUCCGAUGAAGUCUAUGUGGAUGGUCUACCCGUUGGAUCCAUCUUCUCGUUCGUAUGGAAUGCGAUGAUUUCGAUGUCUUUCCAGCUUGUCGGUUUCCUCUUGACUUAUCUCCUCCACACCACUCACGCCGCAAAGAACGGCAGCCGAGCCGGCCUCGGUCUUACUCUUGUUCAAUACGGAUUCUAUAUGAAGGGAGGUAGCGAUUCCUCCGGAUCAGAUGGAGGAGGCGGCGAGCAAUACGUUCCACCACAGGAUCCUAAUAGCCAUAAUUUCGAUCCCAACUCAGCUGGCGACACGUCUGGAGGAGGUGGCGGUGGUGCGAUAUCCGCCAUUUCCACCAGCGAAUGGAUUUCGUAUGUCCUCAUGAUUGUCGGAUGGUUCAUUUUGAUUCGCGCAGUUAGCGAUUUCUUGCGAGCACGGCGCCACGAGCAGCUAGUUUUGCAGAGUCCUGACCGUGGUCUUGGUGUGCCCGUCAUCGCUGAGGGCGAACGGUCCGAGACCGUUGUCUAA